AUGAGUGGGAAUGCUACUUUCCAUUGGUCAUCAUUGAUUUGUCACACCACCCCUCUUCCUGUCACCAGCACUUCCUCGGCAUCCACAGGUCACACCACCCCUCUUCCUGUCAGUGACGCUUCCUCAGCAUCCACAGGUCACACCCCCCCUCUUCCUGUCACUCACACUUCCUCAGCAUCCACAGGUAACCCCACCCCUCUUCCUGUCACCAGCGCUUCCUCAGCAUCCACAGGUCACACCACCCCUCUUCCUGUCACUGACACUUCCUCAGCAUCCACAGGUCACACCACCCCUCUUCCUGUCACUGACACUACCUCAGCAUCCACAGGUCAUACCACCCCUCUUUCUGUCACUGACACUUCCUCAGCAUCCACAGGUCACACCACCCCUCUUCCUGUCACCAGCACUUCCUCAGCAUCCACAGGUCACACCACCUCUCUUCCUGUCACCAGCGCUUCCUCAGCAUCCACAGGUCACGCCACCCCUCUUCCUGUCACCAGCACUUCCUCAGCAUCCACAGGUGACACCACCCCUCUUCCUGUCACCAGCACUUCCUCAGCAUCCACAGGUCACAGCACCUCUCUUCCUGUCAGAAGCACUUCCUCAGCAUCUACAGCAUCCUCGGGCUCCCCUCUGAAGAAGGAAACAUCCGGGAUGACAACACCGUCACUGAAGACAGACGGUGGGGGACGCACAGCCACAUCCCCACCCCCCACAACCUCCCAGACCAUCAUUUCCGCCGCUCCCAGCACUGCCACGCACACCCGCUCCACAGCCGCCCCCAUCCCCAUCCCGCCUGAGAAAGGAGUUUCCCUCUUCCCCUACGGGGCAGGCACCGGGGACCUGGAGUUCGUCAGGAGGACUGUGGACUUCACCUCCCCGCUCUUCAAGCCAGCGACUGGCUUCCCCCUCGGCUCCUCUCUCCGUGAUUCCCUCUACUUCACAGACAAUGGCCAGAUCAUCUUCCCAGAGUCAGACUACCAGAUUUUCUCCUACCCCAACCCACUGCGAACAGGCUUCACAGGCUGGGACCCUGUGGCCCUGGUGGCUCCGUUCUGGGACGAUGCUGACUUCUCCACUGGUCGGGGGACCACAUUUUAUCAGGAAUACGAGACGCUCUAUGGUGAACACAGCCUGCUAGUCCAGGAGGCCGAGUCUUGGAUUAGAAAGAUCACAAACAACAGGGGCUACAAGGCCAGGUGGACCCUAAAGGUCACGUGGGUCAAUGCUCACGCCUAUCCUGCCCAGUGGACCCUCGGGAGCAACACCUACCAAGCCAUCCUCUCCACGGAUGGGAGCAGGUCCUAUGCCCUGUUUCUCUACCAGAGCGGUGGAAUGCAGUGGGACGUGGCCCAGCGCUCAGGCAACCUGGUGCUCAUGGGCUUCUCCAGUGGAGAUGGCUAUUUCGAAAACAGCCCACUGAUGUCCCAGCCAGCGUGGGAGAAGUAUCGCCCUGAUAGAUUCCUGAAUUCCAACUCAGGCCUCCGAGGGCUGCAGUUCUACAGGCUACACCUGGAAGAAAGGCCCAACUACUGUCUCGAGUGCCUGCAGUGGCUGAAGAGCCAGCCUCGGUGGCCCAGCUGGGGCUGGAACCAGGUCUCCUGCCCUUGUUCCUGGCAGCAGGGACGAUGGGACUUACGAUUCCAACCCGUCAGCAUAGGACGCCGGGGCCUCGGCAGCAGGCAGCUGUGCAGCUUCACAUCCUGGCGAGGAGGCGUGUGCUGCAGCUACGGGCCCUGGGGAGAGUUUCGUGAAGGCUGGCACGUGCAGCGUCCUUGGCAGUUGGCCCAGGAACUGGCGCAGAGCUGGUGCUGCCGCUGGAAUGACAAGCCCUACCUCUGUGCCCUGUACCAGCAGAAGCGGCCCCGCGUGGGCUGUGCUACAUACAGGCCCCCACGGCCUGCCUGGAUGUUCGGGGACCCCCACAUUACCACCUUGGAUGGUGUCAAUUACACCUUCAAUGGGCUGGGGGACUUCCUGCUGGUGGGGGCCCAGGACGGGAACUCCUCCUUCCUGCUGCAGGGCCGCACCGCCCAGACUGGCUCAGCCCAGGCCACCAACUUCAUCGCCUUUGCGGCUCAGUACCGCUCCAGCAGCCUGGGCCCCGUCACGGUCCAAUGGCUCCUUGAGCCUCACGACGCAAUCCAUGUCCUGCUGGAUCACCAGACUGUGACAUUUAAGCCUGGCCAUGAAGACGGCAGAGGCCAGGAGACGUUCAACGCCACCGGAGUCUUCCUGAGCCACAACGGCUCUGUGGUCUCGGCCAGCUUCGACGGCUGGGCCACCGUCUCGGUGACCGCGCUCUCCAACAUCCUCCACGCCUCCGCCAGCCUCCCGCCCGAGUACCAGAACCGCACGGAGGGGCUCCUGGGGCUCUGGAAUAACAAUCCGGAGGACGACUUUAGGAUGCCCAAUGGCUCCACCAUUCCCCCAGGGAGCCCUGAGGAGAUGCUUUUCCACUAUGGAAUGACCUGGCAGAUCAACGGCACAGGCCUCCUUGGCAAUAGGAAUGACCAGCUGCCUUCCAACUUCACCCCUGUUUUCUACUCACAACUGCAAAAAAACAGCUCCUGGGCUGAAGCUUUGAUCUGUGACGGAGACAGCUCAUGCAUCUAUGACACUCUGGCCCUGCGCAACGCAAGCAUCGGACUUCACACGAGGGCAGUCAGUAAAACCUACGAGCAGGUGAAUGCCACCCUCAAUCAGUACCCACCCUCCAUCAAUGGUAGUCAUGUGGUUGAAGCCUACAAGGGGCAGAUCACGCUGAUUCAGUACACCAGCAAUGCAGAGGAUGCCACCUUCACGCUCAGAGACAACUGUACCGACUUUAAGCUCUUUGAGAAUGGGACGUUGCUGUGGACACCCAAGUCGCUGGAGCCAUUCACUCUGGAGAUUCUAGCAAGACGUGCCAAGAUUGGCUUGGCAUCUGCACUCCAGCCCAGGACCGUGGUCUGCCAUUGCAGUGCAGAGAGCCAGUGUUUGUACAACCAGACCAGCAGGGUGGGCAACUCCUCCCUGGAGGUGGCUGGCUGCAAGUGUGACGGGGGCACCUUCGGCCGCUACUGCGAGCGCUCCGAGGAUGCCUGUGAGGAGCCAUGCCUCCCGAGUGUCCGCUGCGUUCCUGGGAAGGGCUGCGAGGCCUGCCCUCCAAACCUGACUGGGGAUGGGCGGCACUGUGCCCCUCUGGGGAGCUCUUUCCUGUGUCGGAACCAGUCCUGCCCUGUGAAUUACUGCUACAAUCAAGGCCACUGCUACAUCUCCCAGACUCUGGGCUGCCAGCCCACGUGCAUCUGUCCCCCGGCCUUCACCGACAGCCUCUGCUUCCUGGCUGGGAACAACUUCAGUCCAACUGUCAACCUAGAACUUCCCUUAAGAGUCAUCCAGCUCUUGCUCAGUGAAGAGGAAAAUGCCUCCAUGGCAGAGGUCAACGCCUCGGUGGCAUACAGACUGGGAACCCUGGACAUGCGGGCCUUUCUCCGCAACAGCCAAGUGAAACAAAUCGAUUCCCCAGCACCGGCCUCGGGAAGCCCCAUUCAACACUGGAUGGUCAUCUCAGAGUUCCAGUACCGCCCUCGGGGCCCCGUCAUCGACUUCCUGAGCAACCAGCUGCUGGCCGCGGUGGUGGAGGCGUUCUUAUACCAUGUUCCACGGAGGAGUGAGAAGCCCAGGAAUGACGUGGUCUUCCAGCCCAUCUCCAGGGAAGACGUGCGCGACGUGUCAGCCCUGAGCGUGAGCACGCUGAAGGCUUACUUCAGAUGCGAUGGCUACAAGGGCUACGACCUGGUCUACAGCCCCCAGAGUGGCUUCACCUGCGUGUCCCCGUGCAGUAGGGGCUACUGUGACCAUGGAGGCCAGUGCCAGCACCUGCCCAGUGGGCCCCGCUGCAGCUGUGUGUCCUUCUCCAUCUACACGGCCUGGGGCGAGCACUGUGAGCACCUGAGCAUGAAACUCGACGCGUUCUUCGGCAUCUUCUUUGGGGCCCUAGGCGGCCUCUUGCUGCUGGCGGUUGGGACGUUCGUGGUCCUGCGCUUCUGGGGUUGCUCCAGGGCCAGGUUCUCCUAUUUCCUGGACUUAGCUGAGGCCUUGCCUUGAAGGGGCAGCUGUGGCCUAGGCUACCUCAAGACCCACCUCAUCCUCACCACACACUUAAGGCACCAUUGCUUUUGGGAGACUGGAAAAGGGAAGGUGACUGCAGGCUGUCAGGAUUCUUCAAGGAGAAUGAAUACUGGGAAUCAAGACAAGACCCAUAGGCACAGGUGCACAGGGGGAGGCCAUAAAGAUCAAACAUGCAUGGAUGGGUCCUCACGCAGACACAUCCACAGAAGGACACUAGCCUGUGCACGCGUGCGUGCAUACACACACACACACAAAAGAGUCCAUAAUGCGGUGAUGGCCCUAAGUUAAGCAAAAUGCUUCUGCACACAAAACUCUCUGGUUUACUUCAAAUUAAACUCUAUUUAAAGUCUCUCUGACUUUUUGUGUCUUCAAAA